GUAGGCUCCCUUAAAAAAAUCAAUGCGAUUUUGGAAGAAUCCAUCUUGGCAACAUCGUAGUUUAUUGCGCAAACUAACCUGACCGUUUUUUAUCGAUGGGAGUGCGGUAGUCCUUAUUCGGUUUAGCAAAACAUAUUUUCAGGAAACUAUUACUUUCAUGAAACUAUCUUUAACCCAUCUCUUUGGACUUGCCGUUGGAUAAACACGACCCCUGCUCAGUUGGUACACCCUAAACCUUCGGGGCACGGCGCUAAAUUUUUUAGUUGUGGAUAUUCUAAGCUUUUGGAGUAGUACCUCCAUGAAAUAUUGAGCCAUGUCGGCUUGUAUACAACCCUACUGUUGAGAUACCCUACGGAAGGUGACAUCGGAUUACAGAAUUUUGUACUUUAUUAAUCAUCUUUGGAAGUCCAGUUCAAAGUCCACGAUGCCCGUAAACGGAGGGGGUCUCCUCUCUUUGAGCCGAUACGCGACACAGUAUUUCAACAACCCAGCCAUGGAGGAGACCGUAUGGGAGAUGUACACUGUCACCCUGCAGAGGGAUUCAAAGAUGGGCUUCGGCAUCGCCGUCUCCGGGGGACGGGACAACCCCAACGAGGACAGCGGGGAGACGUCCAUCGUGGUGUCGGACGUCCUGAAAGGAGGCCCCGGGGACGGCCUGUUGUUUGAGAAGGACCGAGUGGUUCAGGUGAACGCCAUCCCUAUGGACGGAGUGGUGCACUCCUUCGCUGUGCAGACCCUCAGAAAGUGUGGGAAAGUAGCAAAGAUCACGGUGAAGCGCCCCAGGACCAUCCCGGCCUCCUCCGCCAACCGCCCGCCCUCCCCCGACGACCGCGUGUUCCACAACGACUACAACGACGACUACAACUACGACCAAGACCGCCGCAGCGUCUACAGCGGGGGUCCGCGGGACCACAGCCCCGAGAAGGAGCGCGGCGGCGGCGGCGGCGGCUACACGGACUCGGGCUACCAGACGCGGGAGCGCGACUACGACAACCACAAGGACUACGACCGCGGCGAGCGCGGGCGCAGCGCGGACCGCGACCUCAGCCCCGACCGGCCCUACCGCCGCGACGGCAGCAGGGGCCGCGUGCUGGAGCACGAGCGCAGCCCCGACCGCCGUUACCGUAGCGACCACGCGCUGGAGCGGGAGUACAGCCCCGACCGGCGCUACCGCAGCGAGCGCACCCUGGACCGCGACCACAGCCCCGACCGGCGCUACCUGGGCGACAGUCCCGGCCGGGGGUCCCGGGACCCCAGCUACGAGCGGAACCGGCCCCGGGCCCCCAGCGAUCGUAGCGACCGGGACCGGGACUACCGCGAGCCCAUGAAGCGCGGCGGCAGCCGGGACCGCCUGGACCGCUCGCCCUCCCCCCCGCCCCCCGCCCUGAGCAUCCCCCUGCCCCGCCCCGCCUUCCGGGACCUGGAGCCCCUGGAGAAGCCCGUCAGCGUGCUGCUGCUCAAGAACCGGCCCAACGAAGAGUAUGGUCUGCGUCUGGGCAGCCAGCUCUUCAUCAAGGAGAUGACCAGCACCGGGCUCGCUAGCAAGGACGGGAACCUCAAAGAAGGAGACAUCAUUCUCAAGAUCAACGGCACGGUGACGGAGAACCUGUCACUUAGCGACGCGGGGAAGCUCAUCGAGAAGUCGCGCGGGAAGCUGCAGCUGGUGGUGCAGAGAGACAGAAGCCAGGUGCUGGUUCGAAUCCCAGCGAUGGCCGACAGCGACUCGGAGCUCGAUGACAUCUCUGAGAUUGAGUCCUACCACUCGUACUCCCCACAGGACGACCGGCCGACCCACCACUCAGAUCUCUCCUCUCACUCGUCCAAUGAGAGGCUCCGAGACAAGACCAGCGAGGACCCACCCAGCAGGCUGGCCAAGAUGGGCGCCAUGCCAACGCCAUUCCGGGCUCCUGAUAGGUCCGCGGAGGACCUGCCCCCUUUGGCACCUGACAGGGAGGAGCCCAGGUCUGAGACUCCCCCAGCGCCGGUUGCAAGGGUGAUUCCCAAGAUUCACGGUCUGCCAAAGUUGCCACUCAAGCCAAGCGCAGAGGACCAGGAAAUAUACGGGCCCAACACGGUGAUGGUGCGCUUCCAGAAGGGCGACAGCGUGGGUCUGCGGCUGGCGGGCGGUAACGAUGUGGGCAUCUUCAUCGCCGGCGUCCAGGAGGACAGCGCCGCAGAGAAGGAGGGGCUCCAGACCGGAGACCAGAUCAUGAAGGUGAACAACAUGGACUUCCGCGGCAUGGUGCGAGAGGAUGCGGUGCUCUACCUCCUGGAGGUUCCCAAAGGGGAGGACGUCACCAUCCUGGCCCAGAGCAAACCAGAAGUGUACAAGGACAUCCUGACGUCGGGCCGGGGCGACUCGUUCUUCAUCCGGACCCACUUUGAGUACGAGAAGGAGGCUCCGCAGAGCCUGGCCUUCUCCCGGGGCCAGAUCUUCAAGGUCACGGACACGCUGUACGACGGCAAGCUGGGCAACUGGCUGGCCAUCCGCACGGACAAGGAGAACCAGCUGCUGGAGAAGGGCGUCAUCCCCAACAAGAGCAGGGCGGAGCAGAUGUCCAACGUGCAAAACGCCCAGCGUGCCGCCGCCGGCACGGACCGGGGGGACUUCUGGAGGCUGAGGGGUCAAAGGGCGGCCAAGAAGAAGGACCUCCGCAAGAGCCGGGAGGACCUGAGCGCCGCGCCCGUCUCCACCCGCUUCCCCGCCUACGAGAGGGUGGUGCUGCGAGAAGCUGGGUUCAGGAGGCCCGUGGUUCUGUUCGGACCCAUCGCUGACGCCGCCAACGACAAGCUGGGAAACGACCUGCCCAAUGAAUUUGUCGUCGCCAAGACUGAACCCAAGGACGCAGGCAGUGAGAAGUCUUCAGGCGUGGUCAGACUCAACACAAUUCGACAGCUCAUUGAACAGGACCUGCACGCCCUGCUGGACGUCACGCCCAAGGCGGUGGACACCCUGAACUACACCCAGUGGUACCCCAUCGUGGUGUUCCUCAACCCGGACAGCAAGCAGGGCGUCAAGGCCAUGCGCAACCGCCUGGUGCCCGGCUCCAACCGCAGCGCGCGCAAGCUGUACGAGCAGGCCGUCAAGCUGAGGAAGACCUGCUCCCACCUCUUCACCUCAACCAUCGACCUGAACUCUGCUAACGACGCGUGGUACGGCAGUGUGAAGGACUCCAUCCGGGAACAGCAGGAGAGAGCCGUCUGGGUGUGCGAGGGCAAGCUGGACGGUUCGGAGGAGGACCUGGACGUCCACGACGACCGCAUGUCCUACCUGUCGGUGAUGAGCGUGGACUACCUGAGCAUGGACAGCCGCAUGACCAGCGACUACGAGGACACCGCCGACGAGGGCGGAGCCUACACGGACAAUGAGCUGGACGAGACGCUGGAGCUGGAGCCCCAGCCCGUCUCCGCCAUCGGACGCUCCUCGGAGCCCGUUCUGCCCGACGAGAAGUCUCACCCUGAGCCCAGGGCUCGGAUGAGGAGGUCGGGCAGCCGGGAGGCUCUGACCCAAGACCCCAGCCCUCCCCCCUCCUUUGUCCCUGAGCCCCCUAAGCAGGUGCGCAUCCAGAGCCGCACCGAGUCGUCGCGCGGCUACGACUCCCACUCCAGCAGCACCCUGAGCAGCGAGGCCCCGGGGGCCGGCCGGCCCCUGCCCCCCCCCGUGGCCCUCAAGCCCACCUACGGGGCGCGCCCGGCCGAGGAGCCGGGGCGCGAGGAGGAGGACCCCGCCAGCCGCUCCUUCAUGGGGAAGGUGAAGGCGUUCGAGAAGAUGGACCAUCUGGCCAAAGCCCAAAGGCUGCUGGAGCUGCAGGAGGCUGAGAACGCUCGGCUGGAGAUCGCCCAGAAGCACCCUGACAUCUACGCUGUGCCCAUGAAGCCACCAAAGCCCAACGCCAACCGACCUCAGCCCAUCGGCUCCAGCUCCAACCCGGAGCCCCAGUCGAGGGGGGGGCAGUACGACGAGGACGAGGAGGAGUACCGCCGGCAGCUGGCCGAGCAGACCAAGCGAGGGCACUACAACCCCCAGAAGUACAAGGACACGGAGCUGUAGGUCACAUGACCCCGCGGUCACAUGACGGCCUGCUGCAGCCAAUGACAUUGUCCAGUCCCCUCCUCCCCCCCCCCCCGCCUCUCCCCCUCGCUCUCACGGACGCUUGCUUGUUUUUCUCGACACCGAAGCAAAGCAGACUCUGUCCGUUGCCUCGGUAACCGCACCACAACGGCCGUGUGUGUGUGUGUCCUCGGUUUUAAAGGUUUAAAUCCCGACGUCGACUUUUUACCAAGCAAAGUUUUAUGAUGUCAUUUUUUGUGUUGCGUGUCGAGUGUGAGGUUGUGCACAUGUGUAUGUGUGUGACAAGCUAUACACAGACACACACACACACACACACACACACACAAAUAGCAUUAUAAAAUGAUAUAUUUUUAACACGUUUAUUUUGGUAGUUCAUCUUCUGCUGUAUUAUUUCUAAUUGUACCUUUAUUCCCCCCCCUUUCAUAAACUUUAUAUUGCAGUGUAUAUAUUCUUUAUACAGGUCUGUUCAUAGGUUUUUGUUACGUUAGGAUACAAAAUGUGUUUAUAUCGUGUACCUGCCAGGUGAAGUCCCAGUUGGGAUUCACUUGGUUCUCUGUAAUUGCUCCCAGGGUGUCUCUGCUGCACCAUUGGACACUUGUAACCAUAGUUUGAACCACUGGGAAACCCCCUAGAAGCUAAUUUGACCAGCAGACACAGAUCCACACCUACAGUGAACCAAGACUGCUGAAUAAGGCUGAGACCCCAACGAAAAACCCAAGAACAAUUCCCUCUUUUCGCCCUUUGUUGAUUUAAUUAUAUUCAAUGUUUUAGAUAUUUUGUUUUCGUUAAACCGUCUUUUAGAUAGAAGUUGCGUGUAUGUCUCUCGUCAGAUUAGAAAGAAAGAAAAUCCUGUUUUUAGUUUUUAUAAAGAAAAGUGCCUUUCAGUGCUGACGUCAGCUCACCGAAAGUACUUUGACAGGAUGCCAGGCCGACCCCAUCAUGGAUGCCCAAGAUCUGGAAGAAUUAAAGCAUCCGGGAGGUGAAUGCAAAGACUAACAGAAAUGUUAUGCAUGUCAUGUUCUGUAUUCCUGUUGUGUUAAACCGACAUCGGUCCGAUGCAAUGCUUUAUACAGCCAGUUAUAUCUAAAGAGGAUGCAGAGCUAGACUGGUUUCUGUGGUUAUUUGAGCACCUACUGGCUGAUCUACUGUUCCUUGUGUUUAGUCCCAUGUACCCUUCUCUUUAUUAUCUGCUUACAACUGGAGACAAUCACCUUUUUACACAUAUAUACAGUAUAUAUAUAUAUAUAUUAUAUAUGUGUGUAGCAGAGUACCAUCAACACUUUUUGUACAUGGGUAUUUUGGGGGGAGAUGUGACGACAAUCAUUACAUUGGGCUCACAUGGGUUUAUUAUGUUAAUUAUUUUAUGAACGUGUACUCUGUCCCCCGACAGCUCAAGAAAAUUGAUUCUUGAUAUUGAUCUCAAAAUUCUGAAAUUCAAUAAAUAAACGUUAGAUUAUUUUUUGCAUUA